GCUGAAUUCAGUUAGAAGAGAUGUUGUCAAAGCCAUGCAAGCCCAUUAUAACUCUUACAGCACAAUUAUCGCAUUUCCCCCAACCACACACAUCAUUACCCUAUGCAGCUCUCCAACGCACAUGUCCUACCGUUCAAGUCCUCUAAUAACCCCUCUCAUCUCUCCUCUCAUCAAACCCAUCUUUUCUUUUUACACCUCGCUAGACUUUUGUUUUUUCCAUUAUCAUCCGGUCCAUCCUUCUUGAUUUUCAAUUACUAUUUUCUCCAUCACCGUUUUCGUCCUCAUCAUCUUCUCUGUCAUCUUUUUCUCUGUCACCUUUUCUCUAUCGCCUUUUUUCAUAUGCUUGUUCCUUUCGUUCUUUUGAAUCCUUCCGCUGUUCUUUUUGAAUUCUCCACAGCGGUUCGAUGAUGCGAUAAUUGAGUUGCAGCAGAGGCGCAUAUUCUCUCACAUGUAUAGUGGCUGAGACAUAGUCCUGAGGUACCAUUAUUGAUGUUGAUGA